AUGGAAUAUCUAGUGAACAAGAUAAAAACGAUAGCUUUGAAUACAUUUGCUGAUUUUGACGCUAAGAAGGGGAUUAGGUUAGUGAUAGUUGUCGGUGCUUACAUUUUUAUUAGAAAUUAUGUUGCCAAAGAAUUAGCCAAGAAACAACUAGAGAGACAAGCUCGUGAAGAUGAACAUAGAAUUAGCAAGGAAAAGAAGGAGAAGUUAAUUGAUGUGCCAGAAGAUGAAAAGAAAUCUGAAACAACUGCCUUUGGUUGGGGUAAUAAGACUAGACGUAGAGUUAAGAAACAAGAGGAAAUAUUGGAAAAAGCUGUUGAAAACCUACAAAGAAGACAGUUGGAUGAUGAAGAUAGUGAUGCCGACAUCCAAGAUUUAUUGUUAGAUUGA